CUGCAGACAUCAAGACAUCAGCCACUCGUCACAAAUCUGUUCAGUCAACUGAUGCUGGAAGGUCUGAACGAUUUAAUGUUAUCCACGGACAUUCUAUUGCCAGCAUCGUCAUCGAAGGCAGCAGCUGUUCGUUGCCAAGGAUCCAAGGACGGUAUCAUGGGGAGACAGGAUCGUCUGCAAGCUGUGUUUUGUCUUGGACGCUUUGCAGGAAUUCUGGGACGGCGUCGCCUGACGGGAUGUGCAAAGCGAGGGCUGUUGCUGCUUCUGUUUGCGGUAGUCAUGGCGACAGCAGACUCGUCCCACCCGAGGAGCAGCUGGAGUGAGUGGAGCCCGUGCAGCAGGUCAUGCGGGACUGGAGUCUCUCGCCGCGUGCAGUCAUGUGGACAAGAUGACAGUGACUGCCACGCGAAGCUGUUCAGUACAGACUUUGCCAUCCACAGGUUUGUCCGUCACCCACUUGGACCCAAACGGUGA